AUGGAGGAAGUUGUGGAGGAAAAAGAAGUUAAGCCUUUGACCGCCGAGCAAUUGGAGUUGUACGAGUCGCAGUCCGAGUCCGAGUCCGAGUCCAAAUCCGGCGACAGCGUAGACGAAGAAGAGGAGGAUGCCGACGAGGAUGACGACGCGGAUGAGGGCGAAGAGGACGACGAUGACGAAGAAGAGGACGACGACGUCGAAGAAGAGGACGACGACGUCAACCCACAUCAGACAGCCCUUGGGCGCUCAGGCUGGCAGGAAUCCACCGGCCUGGAGCUCGGGCCUGCUCGGGCUCGCUCGCCAGCCAACGCUGGACUUCCUCCCUCUGGCAAUCAGUAUUGA